AUGAUGACUUGUCAAAUGCACAACUGUUCACCUGACUCUUCUACCUACAUAAAUAAUGAUUGUCAUUGUAAAGAUAAUAUAACUAAAGACCCAUUAAUUGAUGUUAAUGCUUCUGGAAUGUUACUUCAAUUGACUACUCCAAAACGACCCAUCAAUGAACGUGCAUUAUCCCUAUCACCUGGUCUAACUAGUUCUAGAAUCAAUUAUGUUGGAAAUAUAUAUUUACCUAGUCGUUGUUCCUCCUAUAAUACAUUAGAGAAGGAGUCAACUUUUCAAGCCACUGGGAAUUUCGAUAGUAACAAUGAGGACUUGGAAAAUAAUAUUCUACCAUUUAGAAAGAUAUCCAAUGGAUUGAAAAUUAGAAUAAAUAAAACUUUGAUGUCUUUACAAAAUGAUUCGUCUUAUAAGUCUCUUUCUGAUUUGAAUAUUGGUGAUGCUGUCAAUCAAUCCAAAAGGCAUUCAAGAGAUUUAGAGCUGGAUGGAAAUGACAUGUUAAUUUUAGAAUCAUCAAGAUCAAAAGAAAAAAGAUUUCGCUAUAUAGCUGGUAAUAAUAAUAAUAAUAAUGAAAAUAUGAUGAGAAAUUCUAAAAGAAAAGUAUUAUUAAAAAGAAAAGAUGUUAACUAUUAA